AUGCUAGGGAAGGGGCAGAAAAAGGCGACCCGGGAGUGUCCCAUUCCCAGCUCGGCCGCGGAACCCACAAAGCCUUUACUGCUAGGCGCGCCCUGGCGCCCCUGCGCCCCUGAGCCCCGCGCGCCCUGCCGCCCGGCGCCCCUGCCGCCCCUGCGCCCCUGCGCCCCUGCGCCCCUGCGCCCCGCGCGUCCUGCCGCCCCUGCGCCCCUGCGCCCCUGCGCCCUGCGCCCCUGCGCCCCGCGCGCCCUGCAGCCCGGCGCCCCUGCGCCCUGCGCCCCUGCCGCCCCGAGUCCCGCGCGCCCUGCAGACCUGCGCCCGCCUCCCGCCCCGCCCCGCCGCCGCGCCAUUGGCUGCCCCGGAGCCCCCGGCGGGGUAAUUAACGUGGGAUUAAUAAGAUGCCCAAAGUCAACAGAAAAAUCGAUGGGCCUUGGAGCCCGCGCGGCGGCUGCGCAGUGUCGCGGGGCGCGGGAGGGCGUCGGGGGCGCGGAGCCUCACCUGGCGGGAGGGCCGGAGCCCGGCCGCAGCCAUGGCUGCCCACGCCGCAGGUGUGAACCACCACCACAGAUCAGCUUUGGGGCCUUCCAUGGUUCCCUUUCGCUGCUGCUGGACAGCAAAAGAGGGGCGGGGGCCGUCCUGGUGGCUGCUGAGAUUCCACAUGUGUCCUCUCCGGAAGCACAGUCAACAGAGGCAUCCCCAGCCCCCAAGGACCAAGGGGACACAGGAGCCAAGGAGACAGGAGCCCCAGGGCUGCCCAGAGAGAAGUCUUGGCUGGCUCGCCAUUUCUCACUGCUGCUUCGACGGGACCGGCAGGCCCAGAAGGCUGGACAGCUCUUCUCCGGGCUCCUGGCGCUCAACGUGGUGUUCCUGGGCGGGGCCUUCAUCUGCAGUAUGAUCUUCAACAAUGUGGCCGUCACUCUGGGCGACGUGUGGAUCCUGCUAGCUGUCCUGAAGGUCCUCUCCGUCCUCUGGCUCCUCUACUACAUGGCCAGCACUGUGCGGCGGCCCCACGCCGUGCUCUAUCGAGACCCCCAUGCGGGACCGAUUUGGGUGCGAGGCUCCCUGGUGCUCUUUGGCAGCUGCACCGUCUGCCUCAACGUCUUCCGCAUGGGCUACGACGUGAGCCACAGCCACUGCAAGUCUGAGCUGGAGCUCCUCUUCCCCGCCAUCGAGAUUGUCUUCAUGGGCAUCCAGACCUGGGUCCUCUGGAAACACUGUAAGGACUGUGUGCAGGUGCAGACCAAUCUCACCAGGUGUGGCCUCAUGCUGACCCUGGCCACAAACCUGCUGCUGUGGGUACUGGCUGUGACCAACGACUCCAUGCACCGUGAAAUCGAGGCGGAGCUCAGCGCCCUCAUGAAGAAGCUGUCAGGCAAUGAGACCAACACCUGCCUGUGUCUCAACGCCUCGGUGUGUGAGGUCUUCCGGAAGGGCUACCUGAUGCUCUACCCCUUCAGCACUGAGUACUGCCUCAUCUGCUGCGCGGUGCUCUUCGUCAUGUGGAAAAACGUGGGGCGCCGCCUGGCGGCCCACACGGGCGUGCACCCCCCCGGCCUGCCCUUCCACCUGCACGGGGCCAUCUUCGGGCCGCUGCUGGGCGUGCUGGCCCUGGUGGCUGGCGUGUGCAUCUUCGUGCUUUUCCAAAUCGAGGCCAGUGGCCCCGCAAUCGGCCGCCAGUAUUUCACCCUCUACUACGCCUUCUACGUGGCCGCCCUGCCUGCCAUGAGCCUGGCGUGCCUGGCGGGCACGGCCAUCCACGGGCUGGAGGAGCGGGAGCUGGACACGGUCAAGAACCCCACCCGCAGCCUGGAUGUGGUGUUGCUAAUGGGCGCCGCGCUGGGCCAAAUGGGCAUCGCCUAUUUCUCCAUCGUGGCCAUCGUGGCCACCCGCCCACAUGAGCUGCUCAACCAGCUCAUCCUGGCCUACUCCCUCCUGCUCAUCGUCCAACACAUGACCCAGAAUCUCUUCAUCAUCGAGGGCCUGCACCGCCGCCCGCUCUGGGAGGUGGUGCCCGAGGACCUGUCCAGAAAGCAGGAGACACCGUCUCCCCACAGGGGCUCCCUGAUAGAGCUGGGCCAAGACCUGCGGCGGGCCUCUGCGGCUUACAUCCACUCCUACAGUCAUCUCAACUGGAAGCAGCGGGCGCUCAAGGAGAUCUCGCUCUUCCUCAUCCUCUGCAACAUCACACUGUGGAUGAUGCCAGCCUUUGGCAUACACCCGGAGUUCGAAAACGGGCUGGAGAAGGAGUUUUAUGGCUACCGGGCAUGGUUCACCAUCGUCAACUUCGGCCUGCCCCUGGGGGUCUUCUACCGCAUGCAUUCCGUCGGGGGGCUGGUAGAGGUCUACCUGGGGGCCUGAGGAUGCCCGAAGAAACCACCCCCUGAGAACUGGCAGUGGGGAGGCAGAGA